AUGGACAUUGAUGUUGAAGAUCAGCCGAGAACGCUGUUAGGUUGCAUGGAUAGGGGUUUGGAGAAAAACAUGAUGGGAACGAUUCCAGCACCUGAGGACCGAACUUGGUUGAUCACUCUUAACAUUGAACCGCUUGUUCGACAGACCAAGUGGGCGGCAGCCCGUACACACGGACGUCGAGGACGACUCGACUGA